AUGAACACUAUACCGAUACCGUUACCAUUUGAAAAGGGUCGAGAAAGGGAACUACCUCCCCACCUUGACCCAUCAAAUCAAUUCUACGAGUCUUCGCCUGCUGCUUCUUCUUCUUCAACACCUAUCCCACGAUUCUCAUCUGCUCAUCCAUCGAUACAACAAUCUGGACAUCCUAUGGUCAUAGAUAACUCACAGGACGAAGAUCCAUCGGCAGGACCCGAAGAAGAAGAGAAUAUAUUCAGAGACAUGAGUUGGGAAGAAAUACUGGAAGACCUCAAUGCUAGGUUUUUGAUCAACUUGCCUAAGGAAGAGAUGAGUCUGGUCAGAGUUUACUGGCAAGCCGAACAAGCUCAUUGGUUUUAUGAAGAUUACCUUCGUCCGUUGAAUCCGCUUUUGCCUUCACUGAGCCAACGAAACUUCACGCGAAUCAUCAUUGAAUCUUCACCGCUCUAUGCUGCGCUCAUGGCUCAAGGAGGGGUAGACUAUGAUCAGGUGUGGGAAGAAUACUGUAGUUAUAAAAGGAUGGUACCUUGUUGCGGUGGUAUCUUGAUUAACAAAGAUGGGGAUAAGUGCUUAAUGGUUAGAGGAUACAAGUCUAGUGCAGGGUGGUGUUUUCCGCGAGGAAAGAUCAAUCUUGAAGAAGAAGAAGAAGCUUGUGCGAUAAGAGAGGUGGAGGAAGAGACUGGCUUCGAUUUGACUGGCUUGACAAACCCUGCCGAUAAAAUCAAGACUCAUAUCAACGCACAAGAAGUCACUAUGUUUAUCGUUAAAGGUAUUGACGAAGCUACCGUAUUCAAAACUCAAACGCGAAAUGAGAUUGGGGCUAUUGAGUGGGUCAAGUUGACAGACUUGCCAACGUGGAUAAACAAGAAGGGACCUAAACGAACCGGAGGACAAGGACAGAAAAAGUUCUACAAUGUUACGCCCUUCGUUACACCCUUGAAACACUGGCUAAAGGAGCAUGGAAUUGAUCCUUAUAUGAAGCCUAAGAAGAAGGUUCAGCCCGCGUCCAAUUAUCGAGAUCUUCAACCAUAUCAAUUUGACUCUUCUUCACCUCAUCCGGCCUCUCCAGUCCUUUCUCACAGCUCUUCCGCCCUAGAUCAUCUGUUCUCCCGCUUCAUACAUAAACAAGAAGAAGAGCUCUCGGCUCCCACUCAACAAGCAGUGAUAGGGAGUGACAAUAAAGCAGGACUGGAGAGAUUAUUUGGGAAUCUUAACGUGCUAAAAGAGGAGGAAGAAUCCUUGGCCAAUAAGGUUGAUAGUGGUUUAAGUGAUCACGAGCGAGAACAGAAUGAGGACGACGCACUUGCGAGAUUACUAGGUGGUAUUGGUAUAGCUCAAACUCCUGCACCUCAACCUCCAAAACCCACUCCUGCUACUCAAAACCAAAAUAACCUGCUUGCCAUGCUUAAUAGUCGUCCCUCCGGUCCUUCUACGUCUACACAGCAAGUUCGAGUUCCGGAAAGUCCUGCAAAGCCCCAUCAAGCGAAAUUACUUGCCAUGAUUUCCCCUCCUCCCGCCAGUGCAUCCAUCAAAUCACAUCCAUCCAAACCUAUGUCUCUUCCUACUUCUCCACGACCAUCUAGCGCCGCUGGUGCUGUGGAGGAAACGCAAAGACAGGCUAAAGCUCGGGCUUUACUCGAUAUGACUAUCGCCGGUAUCGGCAUUGUUGUACCGGCAAACUCAGCUCAUCAGAUGGAAUCUCUCAAUAUGUCACAUCCAGCAUUUUUACCUCCUUUGCCUCAACCCGGUUCUGCAGGAAGAGUCAACAACGUGAACUCUGGCACUGUCACACGUAUCACGCCGCCAGGGGCAGGGUAUAUGCCAUCUGUCCAUCAGCCUCCACCAUCAACCUAUACUCAUAGUCAAGGCUAUCGACCUACCACUCAACCUCCGAUCGGGUCGUAUAACGGACCUCGUCCUCCUGCAUCGACCUCGAACCAGCCUCAAGUGCCCUAUGGGGCUAGUCCUCAUCGAAUAUCGCAACCCCCUCCUCCUUACGAAGCAACUAAUCAAAAUCAACAUCGAGGGGGCUCAAUGGAUUAUGGCCCCUUUGGGGGAAGUGUCCACCCAGCUUACGACCAACGAACAAUCCAAUCACAAGGUAUCAACUCUUAUCAAAAUGGUAUCAACGCUACCAAUGGACCAAAUCCUCGCCCUCCACCAGGUCCACCUGGAAUGGCCAACCUAGCAAAUACUCAAGCUUUUAGGCCUAUGUCCAACCCUGUUCCAGGUGUGAAUUACGGAAUGAACUAUGGCAGCAUGGGUGGACUUGGAGCGGGACCUCAUCCGCCUCACCAAUACCUGCCACCAUCUUCUCUUCAGGGAGGAUUUGCUCCACCACCUCUUGCUAAUUCCCAUAUGAAUGUACAAGGACCAAGUCAAAUCAAUUCGCUAUUCCAACCUAGACCACCUAUGGGACUCUCCAUGCCGAUCAGUACGAACAAUGUGGCUUAUCAAUCCCAACAUCAUAGUUUCCCUUCUCAUGGCCCGCUUCCUCAACUUAAUCCUUCCCAAUCACAAUAUAGUGCACCAAGAGGUAGCCCACCUAAAGCCCCAACCUCAAAUAAUUCGGGUGUAAUCCAUCCUAUCCCACGGCCGGCUCAAGCUCAGGGUGCAGCCUUGUUAGCUAUGAUCAACGGAGAUAAACAAGGGAGGUAA